GUGGCCUCUAUUACGUCACAUCCGGUCCUUGCGACUCGGGCUGGCAGAACCCGCGCCAUGAAGUGCGUGUUCGUUACUGUAGGGACCACCAGCUUUGACGACCUCAUUGCGUGUGUGUCGGUGCACGACAGUCUGCAAAUAAUCAAGAGCCUUGGUUACGACCGACUUACCCUCCAAAUUGGUAGAGGAACAGUGGCACCUGAACCAUUCAGCACCGAGUCCUUUACUCUGGAUGUUUACAGGUACAAGGAUUCCUUGAAAGAAGACCUUCAGAACGCAGAUCUUGUUAUUAGUCACGCAGGUGCUGGAAGCUGUUUAGAGACUCUGGAGAGAGGAAAGCCACUUGUGGUGGUUAUAAAUGAAAAGUUGAUGAAUAAUCAUCAGCUGGAAUUGGCAAAACAGCUACACAAAGAGGGACAUCUCUUCUACUGUACCUGCAGGGUCUGGACUUGUCCUGCGCCAGCCAGCCCUUUGUCUCCUGCUCCUGGGAAAUACCAAGAUUCUGCAGAGCUGACUCCAACUGCCUUCUCCUGCCUAGACUUUGAGCUGCUUUCUGGAUUCCUGCAAGCCAUUGCCGCUGCUACUGAUCCUGCCUGCACCCUGCUUCUUCCUUGUCACACUUCCAUUCCUUUCUUUUUCCCCUCCCCCACCCCAUGCACGAUGCAUAAAGGAUGGAAAAAGUACUGCGGCCAGAAGUCUCUGAAUGAGAUGUCAAUGGAUGACUAUUUGGGCACCUUAGGGCUGUUUCGAAAGCUGACUGCCAAGGAUGCCUCUUGCCUCUUUCGGGCUAUUUCUGAACAGUUGUUUUGCAGCCAGGUCCAUCAUUUGGAAAUCAGAAAAGCUUGUGUCUCAUAUAUGAGGAAAAAUCAACAAACUUUUGAGUCUUAUGUUGAGUGCUCUUUUGAGAAAUACCUGGAACGGUUGGGAGAUCCAAAGGAAAGUGCUGGCCAGCUGGAAAUAAGAGCGCUUUCUUUAAUUUAUAAUCGGGAUUUCAUUCUUUAUCGCUGUCCUGGAAAACCUCCAACUUAUGUCACAGAUAAUGGCUAUGAAGACAAGAUUCUACUCUGCUAUUCAAGUAAUGGUCAUUAUGAUUCUGUGUACUCAAAGCAGUUUCAGUCAAGUGCAGCUGUUUGUCAGGCUGUAUUAUAUGAAAUUCUCUAUAAAGAUGUGUUUGUUGUGGAUGAAGACGAUUUAAAAACUGCAGUUGAAUUGUUUCGAAGUGGUUCCAAGAAGAACAGGAGCAAUGCUGUUACUGGAAGUGAGGAUACCCAGACUGAUUACAAGAGUUCAACUCAGGAUAGGGCUGAAGAGUGGAGUAACUGUUGCAAUGUUGAAAAUAUACCAGAAGGCUGCAAUCAAGGUGCAGGAGAAACAAAGUCUGCAGAAAACCCAUCCAAGAUGCUCUUCCCCUAUAAGGUGCUAAAAGCCCUUGAUCCAGAAAUCUAUCGUAAUGUAGAAUUCGAUGUUUGGUUGGACAGCAGAAAAGAACUUCAGAAAUCUAAUUACAUGGAGUAUGCUGGGAGACAGUACUACUUGGGAGACAAGUGUCAGGUUCGCUUGGAAUCAGGUGGAAGGUAUUAUAAUGCUCAUAUUCAGGAAGUUGGAAAUGAAAACAAUUCAGUAACAGUCUUCAUAGAAGAACUAGCAGAAAAGCAUGUUGUUCCACUGGCUAACUUAAAACCAGUUACCCAAGUGACACCUGUUCCUGCCUGGAAUGCUAUGCCCAGUCGUAAAGGAAGAGGUUACCAGAAAAUCCCUGGGGGUUGUGUCCCAGAAAUGGUCAUGUCAGAGAUGGAUGUGAAGCAGCGGAAGAAGAUGUUCAAGAAAGUUCGAGGGAAAGAAGUUUAUAUGACUAUGUCCUACAGCAGAGGAGACCCCCUCCUCCCACCCAGGCUUCAGCACAGUGUACAUUACGGGAAUGACCCUCCAAUGCACUACUCCCAGGCAGCUGGCAAUGUUAUAUCUAAUGAACAUUUUCACCCUCAACAUUCAUCUCAGAGACAAGGUCGGGGAUAUGGGAUUCCCAGGGAUUCACCUCGCUUUAUAAAUAAGCACAACAUGGUGGGCCCUAAGGUUGGUUUUUACCCUGGCCCAGGUAAAAGGUGCUGUCAGAGCUAUGAUAACUUCUCCUAUAGAACUCGUUCCUUUAGACGUAGUCACCGCCAGAUGCGCUGUAUGAAUAAGGAGUGCCAAUAUGGCUUUGUCCCAGAGAAUGGACAGAUGCCCAGGGGCUUGGAAGAAACUAUUACUUACUAUGAAGUGGAAGAAGGGAAUGAGACUGCCUAUCCAACUUUACCUACUCAUGGAGGCCACUCUACAAUGGUUCCUGCUACUUCAGCAUACUGUGUUGCAAGGCGAGGACAUAGCUCAGGCAAACCAACUUUGGAAACAGAGGAGGGGAGCGCCCAGAAUACCAGUGGGGGAUAUCAUGAAGAAUAUUUUUAUCCUUCAGAGCCAGACUAUGAAACUUCAGAUGUCUAUAUCACAACUGCAUCUACAGCAAACUUGUCUCUUCAGGACAGAAGACCAUGUUCUGUGUCUGCUCAGGACACAAUUAUCUCUUACAGCUACCCUCAGAAGGUAAUGGGAAAUUCUGCAGCAGUUGCAGCUUCUUGUGCUAAUAAUGUUCCAGUUCAAGUCUUAUCUAACUGUGCAGCAGCUAAUCAAGCAAGUAAUACUGCUUCCUCACAGCAUGCUCUCCAGCCUCUAUUUAUAUCUCCGUCUUCACAGGACAGGCCAGUGAUUUCCUCACCAUCCUAUCCAUACCACUCUGCUUCUAUUCAUGCUGCUGCCACCCCUCUACAACCACCACCACCACCACCACUACCACCUCCUCCUCCUCCCCCGACUCCUCUUGAGGUAGGAGAGGUUUCAAGUUUACCACCACCGCCUCCACCUUAUUCCUGUGAUCCAAGUGGCAGUGAUCUACCUCAGGAUACAAAAGUUUUGCAGUACUAUUUCAACCUGGGAUUGCAGUGCUAUCACCACAACUACUGGCACUCCAUGAUGUUUGUGCCACAGAUGCAGCAGCAGCAUCUUCCUGUAGAGAAUUACCCAGUCUAUUCUGAGCCACCACCUCUGGUUGAGCAGACAGUUCCUCAUUUGUACAGUGAUAUGGGGAGAGCAGAUGGCACACAAGUAGAAGCAUCAGCAAACGGUACUUUUCCAAAUCCUGACCUUGCAUCUGUCCCUCAUGGAGCAACAGUCUAUUAUCCAGUAAUGUCAGAUCCCUAUGGGCAACCACCUUUGCCGGGUUUCGAUUCCUGCCUUCCUGUUGCACCAGAUUAUUCCUAUGUUGCCCCUUGGCAUCCAGUUGGUGCAGCAUAUGGUAGUGGUUCUCAGAUUCAUGGUGCCAUAAAUCCUGGGCCAGUUGCUUAUAUUGCUUCACCUCCCUCAGCUUCUCAUUAUGUACCUCAAAAUAUGUAAGAUUCAGCAGUAUGAAGUACUCUUACACUGCCAUUUCCUUGCUGUUUUGGUUUUUAAAAAGUAUUUUAUGUUAAUGUUUAAGUGAUCUAGAUGGUUAGAGUAGUUACUGUUGUAUUUGUCUUUAAGGUCAUUUUACCUUUUCAUUUAAAAUAGUACUUUAAAGGAAUAUUACUUUGGGUUCUAAAUAAGGAAAUUGAGAUGGAUGUACAACUAUCCCUAUAUUGAGCCUAUUUUGUUGUAUUCAGCUAUUUUCUUGCAGCCAGCUUGUCAACCUUGUGUUAGCUGAUGGUGCCAAUUGAUAAAAAGAAAAAAUCAUAAAAUUAUUCAGAAACCAUACAUCAUAUUAAAGAGUGCAAAAUUGGAAUAACUUUCACUUUUUCCUAGAAUAUAAAACAACAAAACCAAGAACCUUUGCUGCUGAUACCUCACUUAAUAUUAAAUGAAAGAGCUCUUCAGGUUUCUUAAGAAUUGUCCAAACUGAGUUGUGUUCUAUGAUAUUAAUCAGUUUUGAAGGCACAUGGUGCUCUGCUUUAGAUUUUUCCCAUAUGCUGUUGUUUAAUAUUGGAUUUAUGUAACUGUUUUACUGCACAGUAUUGAAUUGGUGUCCUUUGCACAGUUAGCAGUAAAUAAAAACUAGCAUUUAAAAUUG